GUUUAUUCCAAUAUGGUGGACGUCUUUCAGAAAAUAAAGACAUUGACGUAUAUUUUUGCUAGUUUCUCACUUAUUGGAAAUUAAUACAAGUAGAAAAGAAUGUGGGUGAAACCUGAAGAAGUACUCCUAGCAAAUGCACUAUGGGUAACAGAGAGAGCCAACCCUUACUUUGUGCUACAGAGAAGGAAGGGUCAUGGAGGUGGUGGAAUUACAGGACUCCUGGUUGGUACUCUGGACACAGUUCUUGAUAGCAAGAAACAGCCCUAUAGAAUACUCCAUUGCACUCCUAGCUCAGAGAUCAGUUACACAAUUGCUGAAGCAGGGAGCAAGAAAGAAAUAUUCCAAGAUUGGGAAUGGCUGGAACAAAAUCUCAUGGAAACAUUGGCUGCAUUUGAAGCAGAGGAAGAUGCCAUGGAGUUUGUUAAGUGCAAGAUAGAGAGCUUGGUGGCCAGUGUAUGUAGUGCAAGACAACUUGAUGUUGAAGAUGAAGAAACGAGUGAUUUCAAAGCUGCUAUGGGGAGAUUCUGUAAGCUGUUCAACAUGCCCACGGAAGAGAAGCUCGUAAACUAUUACUCAUGCAGUUACUGGAAGGGCAAGGUACCCAGACAGGGCUGGCUGUACCUCAGUGUCAAUCAUGCAUGUUUCUACUCAUUCCUCAUGGGAAAGGAGGCCAAACUCAUCAUACGCUGGACUGAUGUAACUAAACUGGAGCGAGGAACUAACAGACUAUUUCCAGAGAGCAUCAAUAUUUCAACGCGUGAUACUCAGUUCAGCUUCUCCAUGUUUGUACACAUUGAAGAAACCUUCCGCAUUAUGGAGCAACUUGCCAACUAUGCUAUGAAAUGUUUGAUGUCUGAUGAAACGUUUGAGGCUGAUGUCUCGUUUAACAAUGCAUCGACUCAAAUAAAGAAAAAGAGAAAGAUGUCAUAUCUAAAGAGAGAUCUAGAUGCAAGGGCUCGAAGUGAAGCUUACAGGAGUAUAUUCCGUCUGCCAGCCAAUGAGAAGCUAGACGGGGAUGUUGAAUGUACGUUGUGGACCCCUUAUAAUAAACAACAUGUGUGGGGUAGAAUAUACAUCUCAUCUCACUACCUCUGUUUUGCAAGUAGGGUCAAGAGUCUAGUUGCCAUAGUGAUACCAAUGAGGGAGAUUUCUGUGGUCGAAAAGACAGGGAUGUCCUCUGGUAAUGUUCUCCCUAACUCCCUACUUGUCACAACCAAGGGAAAGAUCAACUACCUCUUUGCCAACAUGCCUGACAGAAAACUAGUCCUUGAAAAGAUCUCAGAUUUCUUAAGCCGCCAACCAACUGUCGAUAAAAUGACUUUUGAGGCAGAAAAAGAUAUGGUUGACUCUAAUCUGACAAAACCAGGUCAACCAACUAUUGAACUAGAGCCUGCAUUAUUUAAGAGAUUCAUGAGACGAGGCUCAGAUGACAUCUCAGCCAAAGAGGCAGUUAAAGAAAACCUUUGGCAGAUCCACUUUGCAGAAUAUGGAAGGGGUAUCUGUAUGUAUCGUACACACAAGACACAUGAGUUGAUAUUGCGAGGUGUACCUGAUAUAUACAGGGGUGAGAUCUGGAUGUUGUACUCUGGAGCAAUCAAUGAGAUGUCUACCCAUCCUGGGUACUACCAGUCCAUUGUGGAGCAGAGUAUAGGAAAAUAUACCAUAGCAUCUGAUGAGAUCGAAAGGGAUUUACACAGGUCCCUCCCUGAGCACCCUGCCUUCCAGACAGACAUAGGUAUAGAUGCUUUGAGACGUGUUCUUACAGCUUAUGCCUGGAGAAACCCUAAUAUUGGGUACUGCCAGGCUAUGAACAUAGUAACCAGUGUGCUUCUGCUUUAUGCCAGUGAAGAGGAGACAUUCUGGUUGCUAGUGGCACUGUGUGAACGUUUACUUCCUGACUACUACAAUACUAAAGUUGUAGGAGCACUCAUCGACCAGGGUGUUUUUGAGGAGUUAGUUCAACAGUACAUGCCUAGUCUCUACCAGAAGCUGGAUCAACUAGGCCUUAUCACUAUGGUGUCUUUAUCAUGGUUUCUCACACUCUUUCUCAGUGUCAUCCCAUUUGACAGUGCUGUCAACAUUAUGGACUGCUUUUUCUUCGAUGGGGCUAAAGUGAUGUUCCAAGUUGCACUAGCUGUUAUAGAUGCAGUGAGUGAAGAAUUGCUGAACAUUAAAGAUGAUGGAAGUGCCAUGACGAUACUCUCCCGCUACCUUGAGAGCAUCAAGAACCACGAUGCUACAGCUCCUCCUAGUAUGGAUGAGAAGGACAACAAAAAGGCUAAAGUUGAUGUUAGUGAGCUUGUCCAGGACGGCUACCGCAACUUUGGAAUGAUAACCAAUCAGCAGGUAGAUAAACUACGAUUGAAACAUCGCCUCAAGGUUGUCCAAACAAUAGAGGACAGCACCAUGAAGAAUGUCAUCCGUAGCGUCAUGGCUGACACUGUGUUGAAAGGCAAGGACCUACAGGAAGUUUAUCUGGUUUUCAAGGAAGAAUAUUUGUCCUCUAACUUCUGGAGAACAUCUCAGCAAGCAGUGGAUGUGUCAGCAGAGAAGUAUGAUCCCUCUAGGCCCUACUAUGAGCAGUAUAAGGUGGAUUAUGACCAGUUUAAGACACUUUUCCUGGCAUUGUCCCCUUGGAGUGCUGGCUACCAUGCCGAGACCAUGGCUUUAAGGAUGUUCCGACUCCUUGACGGCAACCUGGACAAUAUGGUGAACUUCAAGGAGUUUGCUUGGUGCAUGGGGGCGCUGUGCAAAGCUGAUCUACCAGCCAAAAUGAGGCUGUUAUAUCGUCUUCACUUACCCCCUUCCCUACUUCCAAGUGAUGUUAUCGAAUCUGAGGAACUGGAGAGCCCUGAAGCAGAACUGAUGGAGGAUGCAGUAGAAGCGACAUCUUUUUUUGAAGAGGAUGCUGUUGACUUGAACAAAGCCAAUGAAGAUCCAUCAAAGAAGUCAACAUCUGGUAGUGUUCCAAUAAUUGCUAACCCAGGAGUGUCCCACACUGCACAUCCCCAGCCUCCCGGGUCUCUGGAUCUGCCUGGGGGGUCAGUAGAUUCUCUAUUGUCGCCAGAUAGUCCUAGUGAUGCUCCUAGUGUUAUGCUCGAAAGGAGUGUUAGUGAGACAACAAGUGCUACCUCCUCUGAUAAUAACUCUAAAGAUGGUAGUACUGCACGCAAGGGAAGUAUAGGGAGUGGAGCCAGAUAUGAUGGUAGUAGAGAUAGCAAGCUUGACCUAGUACAUCUACCAAGGAUGAACCAGGAACAGUUCAUCCAACUUUGGAAGACACUUUAUGACAUGUUCCAAGAGCAUAGUGAGGAACAAUCUCUUUAUCAUUCCAUAGCAACCGUUGGUACUCUACUUCUACAAAUAGGUGAAGUUGGUAAACAGUUUUACCUAAAAUCAGAGAAGUCAACUAAUAGCAAUACAGAACCAGAGGGAUUCAUGGUUGGAAGUAUGGACUCUGAAGUGGAUACGAAACCUUCUGUAGAUACUGAGCCAGCAGUUGAAGCAGACCUAGCAGAUGAUGCUUCAAAAAUGGCGGGAAAACCAGAAUCUAGUAAUCAAACUGCAGUAAUAAAUGAAAGUGCAAUUGAUAAAUGUGAUAUUAAAUCCGAAGACAGUAAUGAUAUUAAAAUCCAAGAUGAAAUCAACAGCAAGAACCUUGACACUGACAAUAAACCUGUUCAAGAAAUUACUGAAGAAAUAAAAUCUCUUGGAGUUAAAGAUGUCCAAGAUACACAAUCUGCCAAAUCCAGCCAGCUAUCUUCUCAGCCAAUGAAAUCAAGUGAUAGCAAACAGUCGAUAUCAUCAAGUUCUGGCAUACCUAAGACGGACUCUGAUUGGUCCAUAACGUUUGAACAAUUUCUUGCCUCCAUACUUACCGAGCCCCCAUUGGUGAAUUUUUUUGAGAACCCAGUUGAUAUUCAGGAUGCAAUUGAAAAAUUUAGAAAUCGUCGUCUCAUGGUAAAACAGUCAAGUUUUGUUGGAACUCCACCGAGUAUAUAGAGCUUCCCAGGUUAACGGUUGUUUGCUUCAAUUUUUUAUCACAUGAAACACAUGUGAAUGAAAUGUUAAGGGUAUGGUGUGGCAACAUUUAAAUGCAAAAUAAAUGUAUAAAAAGAAGAGGGAAUAAAGUAUAUAUAAAAGUUUGAACAUGUAGGGAUACCAGAAGAUUAGGAUUUUCAGGUAUUUUUAAAGAUAUUUUGGUAGAAAUUGGAAAACAGUUUAUGGACAAAAUCAAAAUAAGACAGGCCAUGAAAUAUAAAUGAUAACCAGGUUUUCCAUUUUAAAAAUGCAUUUGCUGUUACAUAUUGUUGUAUGUCUAAAGUUAAACUAUACUUCAGUGUACUUUAGUGUUGUAAAAGUGCCCCAACCUCUAACUGUUCCUAAAAUACACCAAAAAUAGAUCAUUAUGUUUUAGGGGAGUUAUUCAGAGGUUGGGCCA